AUGUACUUUUAUCACUUAAAGUUUGAACUUUACAUUCCAGCGAGGAAUAAUUCACAAAAUAAUUAUUCAAAAAAAUUUAUUAACAAAGAUUCACCUGAUUUGUUUUACGUCCCAAAGGAUAUUUUUGCUCCUUUACCUACUCAUUCUCAACUAAACAACGAACCGCACCAAGUGCCCUCAAUCCCCCCAACUCCGAUCUCCAAAGAUAAUAGUUCUUUAAGUAUAUCUAAAUCUCCUUCAAGUUGGACAUUUGUUGGGAGACGAAAGUCAAUUGCGUCUACCUCUACGGUACCUUCAACAAUAAUAACUACUAAACCAGAUUUUGAUAAAACUCACGAUUUUCGAUUUGGCAAGAUUGAAGUCGAGUGGUUUGAUAAUUCUGAAAUAAUUGACAUUGAAAAUAUGAGUGAAAACAUAGGUGAACCCCAAAAAAUCAAAUCAAGUAAUGACAAAGCAGUGAUAAUACCCGCUGGUGAAUUCGUUCCGCUCAAAUCUGGCAAGAUGAAUCUUAGUUAUGGUGUGCUACAUUUAUAUCGUGAUCCAAGUGAAACUCCUUCAUCAAAAAAUGAUGGUUUCAUUCUGGUUGAAAAGAACAAUAAGAAUAGCUCUGGUAAACAAAUUAGUUCUGAAUCAAAUCAAAGUUCUGUUGAGAAACAAGAGGACUUCCCUGGUAUACUGAAUAAUGAAGAAACAAUAUUGGCCGUAUUGGCUGUGCCUUCUUUUAUGAGUGCUUCAGAUUUUCUGGCUUUUGUUGCACCUGUGCAAAGAUUUGUAAGCCACUUUAGAUUUAUCAGAGAUUCGGCACCCAACAAGUUUAUGGUCUUGAUGAAGUUUAGGCAUGCACGAGCUGCAUGGGAUUUUUAUAGGCAAUUUAACGGUCGUCCUUUUAGUUCCAUGGAGCCUGAAAUAUGUCAUGUGGUCUAUAUCAAAUCUAUCGAAUUCAAGUCUACUUCUAUUCCUCCCAACGCAUUCCCUUUUUUGUAUGAUCCUUUUAUACCCUCUACACAAAACGAUACAGCAGUACAUAAUGACCAAACUCAACAAACCUCCGAAUCAUCUGUUUUAUAUGAACUUCCAACAUGUCCGGUGUGUCUUGAAAGAAUGGAUGCAUCCGUAACUGGAUUGCUCACAAUUCUAUGUCAACACACGUUUCAUUGUAAUUGUUUAAGUAAAUGGGGUGAUAGUAGUCAGAAAAGUAACGUUAUCGAUCCUUCACUAGGACAAAAUGAAUGUGGGGUUUGUGGUGUCACUGAAACUUUAUGGAUAUGUCUUAUAUGUGGCAAUAUUGGUUGCGGUCGAUAUCAAGAAGCACAUGCGUACUGCCAUUAUAAAGAAACUUCACAUUUAUAUGCCUUAGAAUUAGAAACUCAAAGAGUUUGGGAUUAUGCUGGUGACGGAUAUGUUCAUCGUCUAAUACAAAACAAAUCGGAUGGUAAACUAGUAGAGUUACCUAGUCCUGAUGGUCCGCCUCAAAUGCAGCAAUCACGUGCGGAAAUUGAUCAGGAUAAACUGGAUGCCAUUGGACAAGAGUAUAGUUACCUUUUAUCAACCCAGCUUUCUUCUCAACGAGUUUACUACGAAGAAAAACUUGAGUCGGUCACCCUUCAAUUAUCAAAAUUAACAAAUCAAAUUCAAAAAUUGGAGGAUGAAAAGAAAGCUAUUGAGAAGAAAAUGGAAAAAUUUACUGAAAAAUCAAAUAAACUUGAAAAAGAAUUAAAUGGUGAAAAGGAGGAAAAGUUAAAAGAAAAUCCUGAAUUGGCAGGUGGAAAUAUUGUUGUAUCAGAAAGUAGUAAUAGUGGUGGAAAUGCGAGAAAGAAAAAAGGCAAAAGGUGA